CCAGCCACACCUCUUGUUUAUUUGUUUAACACAUUUCAUUGCACACUUUUAGGCCAAAGUGGCAUACAAAUGAAUGUGCUGCUAAAGGUAGGAGAUUCAUUACCCUUUGAAAGUUUGGUUCUGUUCUAUAUCAAUUUCCAUUCAGACAAUGACCUGAAACUCAGCAUUAAUUGAAAAUCCUUAUAGGGUUUGACUAUAUUACUAUAUUUCAUAAAUGUGUGAUAUUUAGUUACCAAGUUGUAAUUGACCCCCUUCUCAGCAUCUGAGACUGAGUGUUCCCACCUCAUUUAGGUGCUCUUAUUUAACCCCCUGUGCCCCUCCGACAUUAACUUUAAUGGAAAUAGGGAACGUUAAUGUUCUCACAGUACCUGGGGGUGGGGGGUGAAUACCGCAGAUGCCAGGGUAAAAACAUUCCUUCAGGGUGAGGAAAGCCCCACAGAUCCCCCUAAAAGUGUUCAAACAUGUGUUUUCAAUGUCCUCUCUAUGUCGGGGCAUAUAAAAGCAGCAUAGCAAGCUGGUUCUAAAAAAAGCCUGUAGCUCCUCACCUCUGACUUGGCCUAUCCAGUGGGAUGAAUGGAGCUGGGCUAGCAGUGUUUAUGGGGUCGAUCAUACAGGGGUUUACGUUGUUUGGCCUUUGUCUUUUGACUUCUGACACAUGCCCUCCUAAGAGGCCACUGAGAGGAGUGAAGUGCAAACAAAGCUUAUUGAAGAGUCGGGGAAGAAAGCUGGGCAUGGUGGGAGAAUGGGGGAGGAGACUGAUAUAGGAGAGAGAAAGGGAAAGGAAUAGAGAUGUAAAGAGAGGGAGACAAACUGAUAGAGGAAUAAAGAGAGAAAGGACUACCAGCAGAUGGAUAUACAGUAUACAGAUUAAAUGGAGAAAGAGGAAAAGGAAAAAAGACAAACGCAUAUAGGAGAAAAGGGGAGAAUGUGUGGCAUAGAUUCUAGUCAUCAGUAAGAUGGAAGGAAUGAGCAACAUUAGUUUAGUGGAGAGAGAGGGGAGUCUGCGUAAGAAAGAUGGAUAGGGAAAAGGAGGGAGGAUAAACCGGCAUGGAGAGGCUUGGCCCAGGCAGCACUGAAACAUCAAAGCCAUGGGCAUAGUCCCUCUGGUGACUGGGGAGAGAGACGGAAGGGGAGAUGGAGAGAGAGAAUCACACAGAGAGAGAAAGAAAGAUAGGAGGGAGGCACCCUGGUAACGAGGGAGCGGAGCGAGAUAAAGUGUGAAUGCUGGAGAGAACGAGUGCGGCGCCCCAAGUCCCCCACUGCAGCAUUCAAAUCAAAUUGUAUUAGUCACAUGCGCUGAAUACAACAGGUGUAGAUCUUACAGUGAAAUGCUUACUUAUGAGCCCCUAACCAACAAUGCAGUUUAAAAAAAAUUAUGAAUAAGAAAUAAAAGUAAGUCAUUAAAGAGCAGAAGUAAAAUAACAAUAGCGAGACUAUAUAUAUAAAGGGGGGUACCGGUACAGAGUGUGCGGUGGCGGUUAGUUGAGGCAAUAUGUACAUGUGGGUAAAGUUAUUAUGUGACUAUGCAUAGAUGAUAACAUCAGAGAGUAGCAGCUGUGUAAAAGAGGGGAGGGGGGGGCAAUGCAAAUAAUGGACAUUUGAUUAGACGUUCAGGAGUUUUAUGGCUUUGGGGGUAGAAGCUGUUUAGAAACCUUUUGGACCUUGACUUGGCACUCUGGUACCGCUUGCCAUGCGGUAGCAGAGAGAACAGUCUGUAACUAGGGUGGCUGGAGUCUUUGGCAAUUUCUAGGGUCUUCCUCAGACACCGCCUGGUAUAGAGGUCCUGGAUGGCAGGAAGCUUGGCCCCAGUGAUGUACUGGGCCGUACGCAUUACCCUCUGUAGUGCCUUGCGGUCAGAGGCCGAGCAGUUGCCAUACCAGGCAGUGAUGCAACCUGUCAGGAUGCUCUCGAUGGUGCAGCUGUAGAACCUUUUGAGGAUCUGAGGACCCAUGCCAAAUCGUUUCAUUCUCCUGAGGGGGAAUAGGUUUGGUUGUGCCCUCUUCACAACUGUUUUAGCGUGCUUGGGUCCAGGUAGCCUAGUGGUUAGAGCAUUGGGCCAGUAACCGAAAGGUUGCUGAACAAGGCAGUUAACCCACUGUUCCUAGGCCGUCAUUGUAAAUAAUCAAUUGUUCUUAGCUGACUUGCCUAGCUAAAAUAAUAAUAACACUUUUUUUUUUUUAAGUUAGUUUGUUGGUGACGUGGACACCAAGGAACUUGAAGCUCUCAACCUGCUCCACUGCAGCCUUGUCGAUGAGAAUGGGGGCGUGCCCGGUCCUCUUUUUUCCUGUAGUCCACAAUCAUCUCCUUUGUCUUGAUCACGUUGAGAGAGAGGUUGUUGUCCUGGCACCACACGGCCAGGUCUCUGACAUCCUCCCUAUAGGCUGUCUCGUCGUUCUCAGUGAUCAGGCCUACCGCUGUUGUCAUCUGCAAAGGAUCAGCAUGGCGGAUGUGUUGUUACCUACCCUUACCACCUGGGGGAGGUCCGUCAGGAAGUCCAGGAUCCAGUUGCAGAGGGAGGUGUUUAGUUCCAGGGUCUUUAGCUUUUUGAUGAGCUUUGAGGGCACUAUGGUGUUGAACACUGAGCUGUAGUCAAUGAAUAGCUUUCUCACAUAGGUGUUCCUUUUGUCCAGGUGGGAAAGGGCAGUGUGGAGUGCAAUCGUUUGCAUCCUCUGUGGUAUGCAAAUUGGAGUGGGUCUAGGUUUUCUGGGAUAAUGGUGUUGUGAGCCAUGACCAGCCUUUCAAAGCACUUCAUGGCUACAGAUGUGAGUGCUAUGGGUCGGUAGUUAUUUAAGCAGGUUACCUUAGUGUUCUUGGGCACAGGGACUAUGGUGGUCUGCUUAAGAUGUUGGUAUUCCAGACUCAGACAGGGAGAGGUUGAAAAUGUCAUUGAAGAUACUUGCCAGUUGGUCAGUGCAUGCUCGCAGUACACGUCAUGUUAAUCUGUCUGGUCUUGCGGCCUUAUGAAUGUUGCCAUGUUUAAAGAUCUUACUCACAUCGGCUGCGGAGAGCGUGAUCACACAAUCUUCCGGAACAGCUGGUGCUUUCAUGCAUGUUUCAGUGUUAUUUGCCUCGAAGCGAGCAUAAAAUUAGUUUAGCUUGUCUGGUAGGCUUGUGUCACUGGGCAGCUCUCGGCUGUGCUUCCCUUUUGUAGUCUGUAAUGGUUUGCAAACCCUGCCACAUCCGACGAGCGUCAGAGCUGGUGUAGUCUGAUUCAAUCUUAGUCCUGUAUUGAUGCUUUGCCUGUUUAAUGGCUCGUCGGAGGGCAUAGCGGGAUUUCUUACAAGCUUCCGGGUUAGAGUCCCGCUCCUUGAAAGAGGCAGCUCUAGCCUUUAGCUCAGAGCGUAUGUUGCCUUCUGGUUGGGGUAUGUACGUACGGUCACUGUGGGGGCGUCAUCGGUGCACUUAUUGGUGAAGCCAAUGACUGAUGGUGUACUCCUCAAUGCCAUCGGAGGAAUCCUGGAACAUAUUCCAGUCUGUGUUAGCAAAACAGUCCUGUAGCUUAGCAUCUGCUUCAUCUGAACACUUUUUUUAUUGAUCUAGUCCCGGGUGCUUCCUAUUUUAAUUUUUGCUUGUAAGUGGAAUCAGGAGGAUAGAGGUAUGGUCAGAUUUGCCAAAUGGAGGGUGAGGGAGAGCGUUCUCUCUGUUUACUGUGGGAGUAUAGGAAAUAAUAUGAGCUACAAUCCUUUGGCCUUUGGGACUUUGUGGUGGUAGCUGGGGAAUAGGCUGCCACAGUUCCUCAUCCAAUUGGAGACAAUGUUCUGUUGGACGUCACCAAACUUCAUGUAGGGAUAGAUGAUUGUUGUGAUUUAUGUUCUGCCCAACAGAACUCAGUCCAGUUGCAAGCCUGGAAGUGAUAAUGGGACAACUGUCAUGUCAAAUAAGACAGUAUGUCAGCUUAUAAAUACAGCCCUAGCCUGUGGCAUCUUGUAAACUGGGGUCAUUGUGAAAUGGUGGAUUGAAUGACUGUAUAGAAACCUUUGAUAAUCACACACACACGCCACUGACAGGAGAGGAGAGGAGUGAUUCAGUGAGGGUCAUUGCUCAGAGGGAGCAGGGAAGCAGUAGGUAGGGAUGUUCUGGUCUGCUGUCCUUCUACACGCCUCAGGAGCAGAGCAGGGGCAGCCACCCACACUGGGCUCUGAACGAGAAGCUCUCCGCACUCACUCCAUAUAUCCUCUUUCUUUACCUCUACCUCGCUCCCUCCCCUUUCCCUCUAGCUCAUCUAUUUCUCUCCUCUCUCUUGCCCUCCUCUUCCAACCACCUCCUCCUCAAUCUCUACCUCCUGCCUCUCUCGUCGCUGUCUGCUCUCUUUCAUCCUAUGUAGUCAAGCUCACUUUCAUAAUGGCUCUGAUCUCCUGGUUCAAAUGCACUAGAUUACUCCAACUGAUAGAGAGGCUACCUUAUGAGCCUUGACAUUCUGUUCUGCAGAAAUGCAAGCCUUCCACCCACUUUCCUUCUCUCUCUCUCUCCCAGCACAUCUCUCACAUAGCAAUGACUAUUAAAAAUACAUAAAACACAAACCCAACUCCACCUAAGCAACGUGGUAGAGUGUGAAAAUGUCUCCGUAGUUCCACGUCAAGCCCCAUGAGCUAUGGCAGUGGCUACCCCCAUGGACAUUUAUCAUUGAUUAUGUUUUAAAUAUGUACAGUACCAGUCAAAGGUUUGGAAACACCUACUCAUUCAAGGGUUUUUCUUUAUUUUUGACUAUUUUCUACAUUUUAGAAUAAUAGUGAAGACUUCAAAACUAUGACAUAACACAUAUGGAAUCAUGUAGUAACCAAAAAAGUGUUGAACAAAUCAAAUAUAUUUUACAUUUGAGAUUCUUCAAAUAGCCACCCUUUGCCUUGAUGACAGUUUUGCACACUCUUGGCAUUCUCCCAACCACCUUCAUGAGGUAGUCACCUGGAAUGCAUUUCAAUUAACAGGUUUGCCUUGUUAAGUUAAUUUGUGGAAUUUCUUUCCUUUUUAAUGCAUUUGAGCCAAUCAGUUGUGUUGUGACAAGGUACAGAAGAUAGCCCUAUUUGGUAAAAGACCAAGUCCAUAUUACGUCAAGAACAGCUCAAAUAAGCAAAGCGAAACAACAGUCCAUCAUUACUUUUAAGACAUGAAGGUCAGAAAAUCUGGAAAAGUUGAACGUUUCUUCAAGUGGAGUCACAAAAACCAUCAAGCGCUAGGAUGAAACUGUCUCUAACGAGGACCGCCACAGGAAAGGAAGACCCAGAGUUUCCUCUGCUGCAGAGGAUCAAAUGUUAUUUGUAUUAUUGUUUCACUUGUCUUUUUGACCUGCACUGUUGGAGCUCUGAGCUUAAGAAAUUCACUUUACCCUGCAAUUACAUCUGCGACCCUGUGCAUGUGACUAAUAAACUUGUCUAAAAUCUAAGUCUAAUACAGCUGCUCGCCCACACCAAGGUCCCCGCAAACCACCGUAAAUCUGAGAUCCCACUCGCCACAUACCUGCUACAGUUUUAGCUGUAUUGCAGUGGAAAUGUAGUAGUCUGGGAGGGAUCCCUGCCAUAGGUAAAACGGACUACGGGUUGCAGUUUAGGUGAGUGGUGGGUAGAACUUAUUUUCUUCCAUUUAAUUGUUGUUAGCACCAGCUAGCCCAGUGGUUCACAACUUUGUGGUAUGCAGGGUUUUAUUGAAGCCCAUUAAAAAAAACAGGAUUACAUUAUUUUCCUGACAGGAAGGAAGGAGGUGCGUUGUUAGUCCCUCCCUGUAACACGAGGUUAUCUCUGUCAUUCUCCAUAAAGCUCUUAUCCUAAAGAUAAAAACUCUUUACUGCAUUAUCUUCCUACUCUUUUUUUUCUCCCUAUUGAAAGACGGUGGUUUUUGGGACAACUGGAAGAGCUCUAGACUUGGGUAUAUUGUUAACAGAGAGGGGAACAACUAAACAAACUAUCUGGAAAAGGGGUCGUCCGAGGAAGGAAGUGUGUUUGCCACGAGUUCGGCCCACCUGGAGGACCUGGCCUACCUGGAUGAGCAGAGACACACUCCCCUGAGGACCUCCCUCAGGAUGCCCCGUCAGAACUCUGGGGCCGGGCGCUCCGGACACGACCUCAGAGCUUCUGCUUACAGCCAUGCCUGGCAAUCUAACUCACUACGCUUUGCCCCCUACCGCCCCCCGGAUAUCGCCCUCAAGCCCCUUCUGUUCGAGGUGCCCAGCCUGACAGCUGAUUCGCUCUUCACCGGGAGGGAGUGGCUCUUCCAGGAAGUGGACGCCCGUCUUCAUGGCGACGACUCGGCAGCCAAUCGAGGUGUGGUUGUCGUGGGCAACGUGGGCUUCGGCAAGACUGCCAUCAUCUCCCGCCUGGUGGCACUCAGCUGCCACGGCAACCGCAUGAGGCAGAUCGCCUCGGACAGCCCCCACGCCUCGCCCAAACAUGGAGAGACCCUGCCCCUCACCCAGCCCCAGCACUCCCAUGGCACCCUGGGGGGCAGCUGCCCUGGCACGCCCGAGAUGAGGAGACGCCAGGAGGAGGCUUUACGGCGGCUCGCCUCACAGGUGGUGGCAUACCACUACUGCCAGGCGGACAAUGCCUACACGUGCCUGGUGCCAGAGUUUGUCCACAACGUGGCGGCUCUGCUGUGCCGGGCACCCCAGCUCAUGGCCUACAGGGAGCAGCUGCUACGGGAGCCCCACCUGCAGAGCACCCUCAGUCUGCGCUCCUGUGUCCAGGACCCCCUCAAUGCCUUCAGGAGGGGCGUGCUGGAGCCCCUCGACGUCCUGCACAGAGAGAGGAAGAUAGCAUGUGAGGAGGACCUGAUCAUUCUGGUAGAUGGGCUGAAUGAGGCAGAGUUCCACAAGCCGGACUACGGCGACACCAUCACCUCCUUCCUGUGUAAGACCAUGGAACGCUUUCCUCCCUGGCUCAAACUGGUGGUCACCGUCAGGACCUCCCUACAGGAGAUCACACAUCCCCUCCCGUUCCACCGUAUCUCUCUUGACCGCCUGGAGGAGAAUGAUGCCAUAGACCAGGACCUGCAGGGCUACCUGCUGCAGAGGAUACAGGGCAGUGCUGAGAUCCAGAGCAACGUGUCUCUCAACGGGCGUCUGGACAACGCAGCCUUCGCCAAGCUGAGCACCCACCUCAAGGCCCUGAGCCGCGGCUCCUACCUCUACCUGAAGCUGACGCUAGACCUCAUCGAGAAGGGCUACCUGGUGCUCAAGAGCUCCAGCUUCAAGGUGGUGCCGGUGAGCCUGGCUGAGGUGUACCUGCUGCAGCUCAACAUGCGUUUCCCCACCCAGUCGUCCUUCGAGCGUGCCCUCCCCCUGCUCAAUGUGGCCGUGGCCUCCCUCCACCCCCUCACGGACGAGCAGGCGUAUGGGGCAGUGAAUGCUGGUGCCGUGCGAGGCCCCGCCCUGGACUGGGAAGAUUUCCAGGGGCGACUGGAGCUGCUAUCGCCCUUCCUGGUGCGGAGGAGGGACGGAACACGUAUGUUCACACACCCCUCCUUCAGGGAGUGGCUCAUCUGGAGGGAGGACGGGGAGAAGACCAAGUUCCUCUGUGACCCGAGGAGUGGCCACACACUCCUGGCCUUCUGGUUCUCACGUCAGGAGGGCAAACUGAACCGGCAGCAGACCAUAGAGCUGGGCCACCACAUCCUCAAAGCACACAUCUUCAAGGGCCUGAGUAAGAAGGUUGGGGUCUCCUCGUCAGUCCUGCAAGGGCUGUGGGUCUCUUACAGCACAGAGGGGCUCUCCACUGCUCUGGCCUCACUGAGGAACCUUUACACACCCAACAUCAAGGUGAGCCGUUUGUUGGUCCUAGGCGGCGCCAACGUUAACUACCGUUCUGAGGUUCUGAACAACGCCCCAUUGCUGUGUGUCCACGCCCACCUGGGCUACGCGGAAACAGCCGGCCUGCUGCUGGAGAACGGAGCGCACAUAGACGGGGAGUCCGACAGCGGCCUCACCCCGCUGGGCUACGCCGCCGCCGCUGGACACCUGUCCAUCGUCACUGCGCUCUGCGCCUGCAAGGCCAAGGUGGACCACCUGGACAGGAACGGUCAGUGUGCGCUGGUGCACGCUGCACUGCGAGGACACCUGCAGGUGGUCAAGUUCCUGAUGCAGAGUGACUGGAACCCUGACGGACAGCCUCAAGGAGCCUUCACCAAGAGUCACGCUGUCCAGCAGGCCCUUAUAGCAGGGGCCAGCAUGGGAUACACAGAGAUCGCCUCUUACCUAUUGGACCUGCCAGAGAAGGAUGAGGAGGAGGAGGAGCGAGCACAGAUCAACAACUUUGACACACUCUGGGGAGAGACUGCGCUGACUGCAGCAGCAGGCAGGGGGAAGCUGGAUGUGUGCAGGCUGCUGUUGGAACAAGGGGCAGCGGUUGGACAGCCUAACCGCCGGGGCAUCGUGCCUCUCUUCAGCGCUGUGCGCCAGGGACAUUGGCAGAUAGUGGACCUGCUGUUGAACCAUGGAGCUGACGUCAACAUGGCAGACAAGCAGGGCCGCACACCCCUCAUGAUGGCCUCCUCAGAGGGCCACCUCGGCACAGCGGAGUUCCUACUGGCACAAGGUGCGUCUCUGGCCCAGAUGGACAAGGAAGGUCUGACUGCUCUGAGCUGGGCGUGUCUGAAGGGCCACAUGCCAUUGGUGCGCUGCCUGGUUGAGAGGGGCGCGGCCACUGCCCACGCCGAUAAGAGUGGACGCACCCCCCUGGACCUGGCCUCUUUCUACGGAGACUCAGAAGUGGUGCAGUAUCUGGUGGACCACGGGGCGAUGAUAGAGCAUGUGGACUACAGUGGGAUGCGACCUCUGGACCGGGCCGUGGGCUGCAGGAACACCUCUGUGGUGGUGGCUCUGCUCAAGAAGGGAGCCAAGAUGGGUCCGGCCACCUGGGCCAUGGCCACCUCCAAACCCGACAUCAUGAUCGUCCUGCUCAGCAAGCUGAUAGAGGAAGGAGAUGGUUUCUACAAGAAAGGUAAAGUGAAGGAGGCGGCCCAGCGGUACCAGUACGCCUUAAAGAAGUUCCCCCGCGAGGGCUUCAGCGAGGACCUCAAGACCUUCAGAGAGCUCAAGGUGUCCCUCCUCCUCAACCUGUCCCGCUGUCGGAGGAAAAUGAAUGACUUUGGGAUGGCUGAGGAGUUUGCUACCAAGGCGCUAGAGUUGAAAUCCAAAUCGUACGAGGCCUUUUACGCCAGAGCCCGCGCCAAGCGCAGCAGCAGGCAGUUCCACGCAGCCCUGGAGGACCUGAAUGAGGCCACCCUCCUUUGCCCCAACAACCGGGAGAUCCAGCGCCUGCUGCAGAGGGUGGAGGAGGAGUGUCUUCAGUUCGAGGAGCAACAGGAGCUGGACCCUCCCCCAUCCCCUCCCAGAGAGCAGGCCCCGCCCCCUCCCCAGUCCCUGCCCCCUCCCCAGUCCCUGGAGCCCCGCCUGGAGGACAUGCAGCCAGUGCAGGACCUGUUUGAAGAGGACGAGGACUACCUGGAGCAGGACCUAGAGAGCCUCCCCAUGGGCAUGACUCCCGAGACCCGCUCUAGCCCCUCUGGCCUGCCCCUCAUCCAGAGCCUGCUGCCCUCCCCGGGCCACCGCAACUCGCCCUACCUCUCCAGAGGCCCCUCCAUGGUCCAGGCUUUCGAGCUGCCCCCUAGCCCCCCUUCCAUGUCCUCCCCCACGCGCCAAGGCUACCAGUCCUCCUCCCCAUCACUUUCCCCGACGCACCAGAGCUCCCACUACCGGCCUAGCCCUCCGCACACCUCCACAGCCCACCAGGCUUCCGCUACGCAGUACAACUUCAGCCCACCACCUUCGCCUCUCCGCCGGGGGCAGUACCACGCCAGCCCCACCUCAGAGAGCGGAGGAGGUCUGUACCGGCCACAGUCGGCCUCAGCCCGCUACCAGUCGGAGCAGAUACCCGGCCGGCCGAAGUCUCCACUGUCUAAGAUGAGCAGCCAGCGCUCCUUCCAGCUGCCCUCCCAGCAGCAGCCUCCCCAGCAGGGCCAGUGGCUGCAGCCUGCCAAGGCCCAGAUCGUACGCACCAACCAGCCCAGCUCCGCUGUGCACUCCAGUGCUGUGCUGGGCACCAGUGCCUACAGCCAGAUGGCCCACUCCAUGAGCACCCGCCUCCCCCCCGACCUGGCCGAGCUGGGGGACGGAGUGAAUAUAUUCCCCAGUGCCCUGGAAGGGAGGCCCACGCUGCAGGUGCAGGCCAGCCUCAGUGCAGGAGCACUGUACCAACAUGGUGGGAUCCAGAUGGUCCCAAUGGAGGACGAGCUCCCCCAGCGGCCCUCCUCAGCUUACCGGCCUGGAGGUCCGCGCUACAGCCAGGCCCCCCAGAUCAGCCGCAGCCAGUCGGCAGCGUACUACCCUGUCUCACCUCAGAUGGAGAUGGAGUUAGAGAUGGAGCACCAGGCGGCGCUGGGAUCACCGGAGAACCCCCACGGCUUGCGCCGACCUGUCAGUGCCACCAACGCAGAGCCAAAGCCACACGCACCCACUCCCCGGCCCCUCAUGCACUCCCAGAGCGUAGGCCUCCGCUUCUCCCACUCCAACACAAGCCUGGGUGGGGUCUCUGCAGCUAAUCUAGUCCCAGGCUUCCGUGGCUCCACCUCAGCCCAGCAGAUGGAAAUCCCUCUACAGCUGUCCUACGAGGAUGGUAGUGUCUACUGCGACGACCUGUCGCCUGUGUCUCAUCCACAGUGCAGCGACAUAAGGGUGGUGGGAGGGACGUACCCAGACAAGGCGCUCCGCUCCAGAAACACACCUUUCAUGGGCGUUGUCGACAAGACGGCGCGGACUCACCAGUACCUGCCACCACAACCGCAGACAAUAGGGCGCUCCUGGGCCAUCUCUUCCCUGGACACGGUAGUGACAAGCUCCACCACUUCUCCAGGGAACAUUGGCCCUCAGCAUGGCUACAGCCAACAGCCCAGCCUGGGACACAUCGCCUACUACAACCGCACCAACAACGCCCACAACGGACACCUCCUGGACGAUGACUACUACCAGCCGCCAGCUAACAGCUCACGGGAUGGCAGGGCAGAUGGCAUGGGCCGUGUGAGCCAGGUGCCAUCCUACCCAGACGUCAAGGUGGCCCGGAUGCUGCCUGUGGCCCAGGCCUACCAGGACAGCGAGUACAUGCAGCACUCCAGGGACAGGCAGGGCCCCACGUCCCCUAUCAAACCAAAGAGACCUUUCGUGGAGUCAAACGUUUAGGGAGGGACUGAGGGAGAGGACUGAUAAGCCUGCAGAUAUUUUGAUUUGCAAUGACUUAGAGACAACCCCAAGGGUAUGUGAUGAGACUGGGAAGGCAACACUACUGCAGACAAACACAUUUAAACUCUCCUCCCGUCCAUCUUCUUUGCCUCUGUCCUUCAAAGCCAUUUACUAUGGAUGAAUACAAGAAAGCCUAAAACUGCAGUUUGCCAGGUGAAUCCAACACCUCCAGUACUCCAGAAUAUGUUGGCCUUCUGUUUGCAGAGUAGUUUGUAUAGUCAGUGGAGGGGGCAGGGAUGAUCCACAACUUUAGGAACUGGAGUCUGUUGGAAAAGCAUGUAGGAGGACUAAUACCACACACCUUGACCUGGACACCUCCAGAUCUCAAGCAGGGGAGACUGCUGCUUGCCGUUUUCUCCCUGCCCCUCAAUGCCUGUCCUGGGAUGGUCACACUCAAGCCAUGGGCACUUCCCUGCUUAACCUGUUGAAGUCCAAACUCUCAAUGCCUUCUUCAGAAUAACUCAAUAGAAGGCCGCCCUUCACUAAGACCAUGUUCUCUGCUGUAAAUGUGACUGAAAAGAGACUUCAACAUACUUGUACAUAGGAAAAGCAACACAAAAAAAAAGUAAUAUUUAUCAUUUAAGUUAUGUUUGUAAAUACAUUAUAUAUAUUAUUUCCAUUGGAUUGUAUUUUUUUUUCUUUGCUCAAAAAGUGAUAUGCAGCAGAGGCUUUGUGAAGCUUUUGGGAAACGGGCAUUUCUUAUUUUCCAAUAACUUGAAUGUUUCCUUUUACAGUUGAAUUAUCUCUACCAGCCAAAUCUGCAGUUAUUCAAACAUAACACUGUACUACAUACACUUUUGGCCACUAAAGGGUCAAAGAUGUUGGCAGCAUGCACACAUGACUUCAACUGACCCAAGUGGUCAUUGAAGGACUAUUUUUAUCCGUCCAUAAAACAAUGGAAAUUAGGUGGUCAGACGUCGUCUUCAAUAUAGAACAGAAAUAGGUCCAAAGCUAAUAUGUAGGUUAAGGAUGUAAACCGAGUUAUCAAUUGUUGUAGUCAGCCUAUAUAUAUUCAGAAACGUACAAAACCAUCCAACGUCUACAUUUUGGUUACACUUUCUUUACAGUGCAUUUUCAUGAAACUAGAUAUGUUUUGAAAAAAUACACUAAAGAAAGUGGUGUCAAGACUAGGCUACAUUACGAUCUAUCUAUACAAGGUUGUCAAUUGUAAUGGAUUUCAGGCAACACCCUUUAUCCCCUACUGACACUUAGUAUGAACAACAAUCAGUUGAACAGAUACUUCUCUUACAAGAACAUAUGAACCCCUUAUCUGUGAAGUUGACAUUUUUACUCAGUCAUUUGUUACUUUAAAAUGUCAAACAUUUAGGCUAACAGUUUUAUUAUUUACUGUGUAUUGGUGUGCUUGAUUGUUUGGUAAUAGGUGGAGCCUCUGAUCAGACUGUUCAUAAACACUCCAACCAGGAAGUUAAUGAGCCAGUUGAUUGAUAUUAACAAGCGGUGCAUCCAAAGGUUAACCCUACAUCUGAGCCUGUUGCAGGAGGGACUUAUCCCUACAGUCAAUACCCUCAUGUCUGGAUUAACACCCAAAAUAACAUUUAUUUUCAAUAAACUUUUUUUUAUAGUUUGUGUAAAUAAUUGUACAUGCUGUGCUGCAUAGAAAUGCAUGUUUGUUCUCUGCUUACUCCCAUGCUGAUAUAAACAUGUAAUAUUUGUUUGUAUAGCAGUUAUCAAUAUUUGGAGAGGGAGGCAGAAUCUUUUUUUAAUUGUUUUUUUGGGCUUGCUGAGCAGAGUUCUGUAAAUUGUCUGUAUAUGUGAGUUGUGUUUUUGAAACGAGAAGGUAAUAAGAAACAUGCAAUUGUAAAAUGUACUUAUUUAAAACUGGUUACCACUUCAAGGAAAAUAAAUGUGGGUCGGCUCUUA